AGGUGAGACCAGAACAUUUCCAAGUGAAGCCGGAAUGAACCUUGAUUUUGACCCUUGCAGGCAAAGCACCUGCAAGCUGAUCACAGAAGUAUGGGGUGGUGCAUAUUACUCACUCACGUGUUGUCAGUUGACCAUCUUACAAUCAUAAUCUCUCGCCACUGAGAGAAUCACAACACAUCUAAACAAGAAGAGCCUAAGCAAUACUUCCAAUGAGAAUGGCUAAGGAGUGGACACUUCUGGUGCUCUGUGGCAUUCUGGGGUCUGGACUCAGCAAGAAUCCAUCAUGGUUUGAGAACAUCUCAACAAAUCUUUUCAAAUCCCCUGGAGAUAUUCUGAUAGGAGGACUUUUCCCCAUAAACGAACUCACAAGCGAACUGAGCCAACGGGUGAAGCCUGACGAUAUUGAGUGCAACAGUAUAAGCACCUUUGGUCUGUCUCUUUCAUUGGUGAUGAAGUUCUCUGUGGAUUUGAUCAACUCUAUAAAGGAUCUUCUACCUGGAAUCACACUAGGAUUUGAGAGUUACGACACAUGCAUGCAACCAGCCGUUGUUAUAAGGCCUGUCCUCCAGCUUCUCACAAAGGAAUCAACAGAGGAAGUGGACAUCGCCUGUAACUACACUGACUACAAGACUCGUGUUAUAGCUAUCAUAGGCCCAAGCAACUCUGAGUUGGUCCCGAUCAUUGGCAAGCUGAUUGGGUUUUUUUUUAUGCCAUUGAUUAGCUAUGGUGCCACCAGCGACAUGUUCAGUGACAAAGAGACCUUCCCGUCCUUCAUGCGCACAGUUCCCAGUGACCGCUGGCAGGUUGAGGCCAUGGUGCAGCUUCUGAAAGAGUUUGGGUGGAACUGGGUGUCAGUAAUAGGUAGUGACGAUGAAUACGGACAGAAGGGUCAGCAGCAGUUUUCCAGCAUGGCCAAUAAGGAGUCCAUCUGUGUGGCAUAUCAGGGUUUGAUUCCUGUAUACAGUGAUCCAAAGCCAAUGAUAAAAGAGAUUCUCAAUCGUAUUGUGGACGUCAAAGUGGGAGUGGUGGUUGUUUUCUCUCUCCCCAAGCCAACCAGAGACUUCUUCAUAGAGGUAAUCAAACGAAACAUAACAGCCGUUUGGGUGGCAAGCACUGCAUGGUCUCUGAACGAUGGUGUAUCCACCCUGCCCGGCAUCAAUUCAAUAGGCACAGUGCUGGCGUUUGCAGACAUCACCAAACCUAUUGACCUCUUCACUCCCUAUAUCCGUGAGCUCUUCAAAAAAAUGGAGGAGACACAAAUCCCCCAGGAGCCUGAUACAGAAAUCUCCCCUCUGGACAACCCUUGCCCAAGCUGCAGCUCCCUAAACCAAGCCAACGUGAGCAUGGUAGAGGUAAAACUUGUGCAGCGGACAGUUUUCAGUGUGUAUACUGCCAUCUACUGUGUUGCAUACGCGCUGCAUGACUUGCUUGGAUGUAAUGCCACCCGCUGUGCUCUAAAUCCCAAGACUGACAAAGUUUAUCCAUGGCAGCUGUUAAAGAAACUACAAAAAGUUUCUGUAGAUCUAGAUGGAGUCCAUUUUAAGUUUGAUAAAGAGGGUAAUCCAAACUUUGGCUACGAUGUUAUGCAAUGGAUCUUUAAUGGCACCACUGUGAGCUUUGAUGGAAUUGGAUACUUUUAUCAGAACCUCACAAUUGAUGAAGAAGAUAUAAAAUGGCACACGAAAAACGGAAAGGUGCCAAUGUCCACUUGCUCCUCAGACUGUGGGAUAGGACAAGUGCGCAGAGUUAAAGGCUUUCACUCCUGCUGUUUCGACUGCAUUGACUGUAAGGAGGGAACGUUCCUAAACAGCACAGAUGACAUCCAGUGUAGACCAUGUCCCAAUGGCCAGUGGUCCACCCUACGAAGCACAAGCUGUGUCUAUCCCAUCUAUACUUACCUGGCCUGGAGCAACUAUGAGUCAAUUGGACUCAUUCUGGGAGGAAUUUUGGUGCUAGCAUUACAUGUAUUGGUAGGGGUUGUAUUUUUCAAGCACAGAGGAACUCCACUGGUGAAAACUGCAGGUGGACCGUUGAGUGGCCUUGCUCUGUUGAGCCUAGCGGGAGAAUGUAUAAGCCUGGUGCUGUUCCUGGGUCAGCCGGGAGAUGUCGUGUGCCGUCUGCAGCAGCCACUAAACGCCUUUUUUCCCACUGUGGCUCUCUCUGUCAUUCUGACCAUUUCCCUUCAGAUUGUGUGCAUCACAGAGUUCCCUGAAAAGUCUCCCGAUCACCUGGAGAACCUACAAGGACGAGGAAGCUGGUUUGUGAUUCUGGGAUGUUGCGGGCUCCAAGCGGGACUGUGCGGUUGGUACGCCCGAGAAGGUCCCUCCCUGACCCAAUACGUGGCCAGUUUGGAGGUGAACUAUGUGAAAACUUUUUUGCGUUGCCCAGUGGAGCCCAUGUUAAACUUCGGCUUGAUGCUCGGAUUCAAUGUUCUUCUGGCACUUAUGUCAUUUAUGUCCACCUUCAUGGCUCUAAAGCCGCCAGGACAGUAUAACCUGGCCAGAGAUGUCACCAUCUCAUCCUUGAUUUACUGUGUAAUGUGGGUGAUGUUCAUCCCCAUCUACACAAGUCUAAGUGAUAAAGAAAAGACUAUUGCUCAAUUAGGAGUAAGUUUACUUAGUAACAUUGGGCUGGUAGCAGCCUAUUUUUUCCCUAAAUGCCACCUGUUGGUCAAACACCCAGAACUCAACACAGACGAUCACUUUCGUACGUUUUUAGAAGGGGUCCCACCAGCACCACCUGAAGAAAGCUAAAAACAAUUGCUAAAUUAUUAUUAAUAUUAUUAUUAUUAUUGGGCUCUAUGGUAUACCUGAUUACGAUUGGUCAAUCGCUGUAGUUUGUGGUCAAAUAUUUUUGUAUAAUGAUCCUUAUGACCCCUUUCUUUCUUA